UGCACAGGCAAGUUUCCUCCUCCAUGUUUCCUCUGCUGUUGCUUUCUUAUAUUCAGACACAGCCUGCAGUAACACCACUUUAUCUCUCAUUCUUGUAAGGGAGCAACAGGAUACUACCUUGAUCAUUGUGUGGAUUGCUAGUAUUUUUGUACCACAGCUGCAGAAAUAUUUGAUUGCUGUAUUCUUUAAGGGUAAACCAGUGUUUGCAUUUCAAGAGCAAAAUAUGACAGAGUCAGACACAAUGUUCGGCAAUGACAAUGACAAGUGGGUGUGCCCCAAUGACAGACAACUAGCCCUUAGAGCAAAGUUACAUACUGGUUGGUCCAUCCACACAUUUCAAACUGAGAGGCAGAGGAAAGCUCAGACACUUGAGAAAACAGAGCUGGAUGUCAUCAUGAGCGUCAUCCACCGCUCUGAACAACUCGAGCUCAUUGAGCAACGCAGGAUUGGGCGUCUAGUGGAGCGUCUGGAGAACAUGAGGAGGUCUGCCAUGGGGAAUGGCCUGUCACAGUGUCUGUUGUGUGGAGAAGUGUUGGGUCUGCUGGGCUCCCCGUCGGUCCUCUGUUUGGACUGCUGCAUGAAAGUGUGCACUAAAUGUGGGAUAGAGACUGCAGGCAAUCAGAAAAGAGCUCAGUGGCUUUGCAAGAUCUGCAGUGAACAGAGAGAGGUGUGGAAACGUUCUGGAGCCUGGUUCUACAAAGCCUUGCCCAAGCAUAUUCGUCCUAUUAAGGAUUCAAUUCUAGAUAACAGAAAUCCAGUAAUAGAAAGAGGAGAGCAGCUACCAGUGGCCAGGAGUGCCCCCAUCACCUACACUUGGGCUCAAAGCAAAGUUUACUUGAGUGAAAGUGAUGGCAGUGACGUCGAGCACAGUGAAUCCAGCAUCGACAAAAAGACCUUCAUGUCUGAGACCGGUCAAAGAAGAGAUUCCGAAUCCAGUGGAAGCCAAAUACAGACACCCUUGCAGUCCAGCAUAACCAUUCCAACCCUCACCAGCUUUGGCAUGGAAAGCCAUUCCAGCUUGGCCAGCGAUCGAAGCAGCAGCAUCCACACGACUCUGGAGGAUGAGGUCAUGGACCAUAGCCGCCCCUUAACCCCUCCGGCCCUUAGCCGUACCGGAUCCCUGCGGAGCACAUCCACCAGCCAGAAGUCCGAGGGCCCGGCCGUGGACCCCAACCAGGAAGAAGAUGACCUGGACCAAGCCUUUGGAGCCACCGCUCUCGUGGCCAGCAAGAAGGAGGAAGAGCCAGAUGUGGAGGGCUACGAUUCAGACGACUCCACCACACUGGGCACUCUGGACUUCAGCCUUCUGUAUGAUCAGGAGAACAAUGCCCUGCACUGCACUAUCAACAAAGCCAAGGGACUCAAACCAAUGGAUCACAAUGGGCUGUCAGAUCCCUAUGUUAAGCUGCACCUGCUGCCUGGAGCCAGUAAGGCCAAUAAGCUCCGCACCAAGACCCUACGCAACACUCUCAACCCUGUCUGGAGCGAAACCCUGACAUAUUAUGGAAUAACAGAUGAAGAUAUGGUUCGCAAAACACUCAGGAUUUCAGUGUGUGACGAGGACAAAUUCCGCCACAACGAAUUCAUUGGAGAAACUCGAAUUCCCCUGAAGAAGCUCAAACCCAACCAGACAAAGAACUUCAGCAACUGUUUGGAAAAGCAGCUUCCUAUCGACAAGACAGAUGACAAGUCUCUGGAGGAGCGAGGGCGCAUCAUGAUCUCUCUGAAGUAUAGCUCUCAGAAGUCUGGCUUAGUGGUGGGCAUCAUCCGCUGUGCCCAUCUCGCUGCCAUGGAUGCCAAUGGUUUCUCUGACCCCUAUGUCAAAACAUAUCUCAAGCCAGAUGAGAACAAAAAAUCAAAGCACAAGACAACAGUCAAGAAGAAGACCCUCAACCCUGAAUUCAAUGAAGAGUUUUUCUAUGAGAUCAAGUAUGCUGACCUCAGCAAGAAGACCCUGGAGGUGACUGUUUGGGACUAUGACAUUGGCAAAUCCAAUGAUUUUAUUGGUGGUGUUUCUUUAGGUAUCAAUGCCAAUGGCGAGAGGCUAAAACACUGGUUUGACUGUCUCAAAAACAAGGACAAGAAAAUCGAGCGCUGGCACACAUUAACCAAUGAACUCCCUGGUUCCGGAUGCAAUGACUGAAAGUCUCCCCUACCAAUGGUUGCACCAAUGCCCAACCCCUUUCCUAUACGAUGUCAAUGUAAGCCCAGCCUGUGAUGGAUCAACACUUCAGCAGUCCAUUGAUUUAGAGAUGAGUGCCAAUAUCCAUCCCCAACUAACACAUCUGCUCUAUCUCUUGUACUUUCCCUGGUGUUGAGCUUGCAGUUUGAUAGUGUGGUUUGAUGUGGCUUUUGGGCUUAUGUAAGGGUCUUUAAUCAGCCUGUGUUUUUAAAACCUCAAUGAAAAUGGGGAGGUGUUGUUUCCACAGCCAACAGGGGGAUCAAUUGUACUAUUCCUGUGGUCAAAUAUUUAAACAUACUCUUCUGCUUUCUCUGUUCUGUGUAACAUCUCUGAGGUGUAUUCAAGAAUGCUGUUUACAGAAUUUAGCUGUCAGUAGUUUGCCACAUGGCAGCAAAGGGGCUUUAAAAAUACAUUAAUUUAAAAACAUGGCAGAUCUAAAAAGAGCUCAACUCAAAAAUCAUGUAUAUUUUACAUCUAGAAUACAGUCCAAAACUUCUCUGAUGCCUGUAUUGAGGCCAAGGCAAAAAUGACACAAUUAUAUUUUCCAAGCAGAUGAUUGUGAGGAUUAGGAACUUACACAAAAAAAAAAAGAGAGCGAGAGAGAUUUUUCCCUCUCCUUCCAUUCCAAUAGGCUAGAAUAGUUUUUUGUUCUUUUUUAAUGUAUGACCACCAAGUCAGUCUACUCAGUGAAUGCAAUUCAUUUACCUUUAUUUAGUUUCUAUGCUCUCUCACUGCAAAUGACCAAUGUGCCAUUGACAUUAAGAGAGCAAACAGAAGCUUAAAUAGCCAUUUUUGUCUGGAGAAUACAGAGAGAGCAAACCCUGUUUACCCAAAGGACACACUAAUGCGGAAUAGGGGCUAUUGUUGAAAUUAAGACCGUGGAUUAUACAGCUUUCAUCAAGAUGUUCUUGCUUGGCAGUUAUGUAUUGAUUUUUUUCUAUUCUUUUUUUUUUAAUUUUAUUAAAAUACUGUGCCCCAGCCCAAUCCAUAGAUUGUUUAAAAUGUGUCUUUCAUUCUAAAUUCUGUCUUUCAGUCAGAAAAUGGACUCAAACAAGUUACUGUUGUUUUAAGAUUGAUUUCGACUGAUUUAUUGCAUGUUUAUACUUUUCUUCCUAUAAUCAUUUUAAAGAGUUGUAUUAUUUUGACCAAAUAUAUAUUUUUUAAGACUGUUAAAAUCAUUUACAUGUUUGUUUUAAUUUUGUGUACGUUUUAUCAAGCUGUUAUUUUGUGGCAUUUAUAUUAUAACCAAUGUAUUAUUUUAACCUUCCUGUGUUAUUGCAUAUUUAGCAUGCCAUUGGUGGGUAUAGUAGAUGUACUUAUAUAUUUAAUCAUUUCUCUUUAAUUUUGUUUUUCUUAAGCUAGGAUUUUAUUAUUUAAGAUAAACUCUGGAUUGCAGAUAAGACUUCAAAUGGUGACCAUUUAUUAACCCAAAACGCAGAACACCUAGAUACAACCCUAUGAUGCAUGUUCACCAACUGAGAAACUUUAUCUCUCUGGCAACAUUUAUUGUAAAAGUCACUCCUGUGACAACUUUUUUUUUUUUUUUAAUCUUCUUGCUUAUACAAACUCUAUGGCAUAACAAUGCAUGCAAUGUUCUUGGGCUGCCAUUAAAAUAACGUUGCUUAAUGUUAGAUACUGCUGUUCUCUGUAAAAAGAGAGUUUCUGCUCUUGGAUGCUACAAGAAUGUCAGCCUUCCUUCUUGGACAGUUUUUGUACUUUUGAGCGCCAUCGCAUUGCCCGUCAGGUCGCUCUAUUGACUGAACACGUGACUGCAUGUUACUAAAAGGAUAUUUUGUCUUGUUUUGAUCAUUUUUAACUCUCAGGCAAUUGUUUGCAUAUUAUUGUGGUUCUCUGAUGAAGUCAAUAUAUUUCUCCUCCUGGUUCACCUUAAUCUUGCACCGAAUGGCCGAAUUAUCGUGCCUUUUCUUUUGUAACAGUGUGUUUUUUGCACCGCUCACUUUACAGAGAUUCCUAGAUUGAUAUUGGCUUUUAAUAUGGAAACAAUAUUAUACAUAUGGCAUAGGUAUAUUCUUGUUUGUGUUACACUGUUGGAACAUUGUGUCUCUCUUGGAAUAUGCCUCUUAAAGAUGCAUUAUGAGUAUCCUUACACUGUGUGAUAGUGCUGUGGAAGGCAGGUGUGCAAGGCUGAGGUGGAGAAUGCUCAUGUAACUUCAGAUUCUGGGAUCUGGUAGUGUUAAACAUUAAAAAUGAUGUCAGCUCUGUUACCUGCCCACACUCACUAUAAAUCUUGAAUUAGUAAUACUUUUAUUUUAACUUUAAGCAUACAAGUUUAUUUAAACCAUGUUUAUAAGAUCUUUAACCUGUUAUGAUCAUAAAAUAAAGACAAGAGGUUGGUCAUUCUUAUCCUUUUUCUUGCAUGUUACAAUUCUAUUAUUAAUAAAAUAUUGUUGUUGGGUUACAUGAAUAACAUGUACCAUGCAAAACAGCUUCAGUAUAUUGCCAUGAAUCAAGUGCUGUCAGACACCAGAAUCUGUUGUUUACUUUGAUUUUUGUCCUAUUUCCAAAAUGUUCGAGUAUUAUAUUUAAAGUGUGUUUUUUACUAUGGCGAAUGAUAUUUGCUAUUUACAUGUUCAAAACUGGAAACCCAUAUCAAAUAAAGUAUGGAGAAAAAAAAAC